AGCUCAAACAAGCCUAUCGUUAGUAUUAUCUGCUAAAGGGAAACAUUACUAAAAAAGGGCCGGAUACGUCAAGCUGGCGGUAACUGAUCCGUGAAUGGUCUCAUCGUGUGAAGUUAUGAAGUUCAUCUGUUUAUUCGUGGUACUGUGCAUGGCGACUACCAUAUUAGCUCGCCCGCCUUAUGGAGGUCCUGGCCGCAGGAGAGGCCCACCAGGUGGUUUCGGAAGAGGACCUGCACAGUGGUUUCCCGAAAUGUUUCUUCGUCAGCUGUGCCAGGAACUUCAGUUCCCAACAACUCUGGUUCCCGGAGUGAGAACGGCUGGCCCCAUCGUUCCCGUCUCUUUUGGCAGUGAUUCCACGGUCGUUUCGUUACCGUCUGGGUCUGCGAUUACGCCGUUAAGCACUGAAGCGACACCCCAGGGAGUAACCAUUCCUCUCGGUGCUUGAUUUCAUUGUUGCACCCAAGACAGAACGACAAAUGAUGCAACAUACGACUACGGUUCCUGUUGAAGCGAUGAACUCAGAGGACUAUAAAGAGGACGUAUAUUAAUAUUCAUUUAAUAAACUGGAGUGUAUUAAAGCUGA